CCUUACGCUGUAGUAUUCCUUUGCGUUGCAUUACAUUCUGCACUACUAGGCAAGGCUAGGCCACCGAGCUCGCUACACCGACUCAUUCUCGACACUGCCACAAAAAUGACGAUAGCCCAAACACUGGCAGCAUUUUGGAACCAUCCGGCUGGUCCCAAGACGAUUCACUUCUGGGCACCGACGUUCAAGUGGGGCAUCAGCCUUGCUAACAUUGCAGACAUCAACCGGCCAGCGGACAAGAUCAGCCUGCCCCAACAAUGCGCCAUCACGGCCACGGGAGUGAUCUGGUCGCGCUACAGCACCCAGAUCACGCCGGUAAACUACAACCUGCUGGCGGUCAACGCAUUCAUGGCGGUGACGGGGGGAUACCAGCUGUUCCGCAAAAUCACGUAUGACAUGCAGCAGCCUAAGCCCGCCACCGCAUGAGCAGCUGACCAGGACUCAAGGAGAGUUUGAUGUCAUGUGGGCGAGCCGCACUGCAUCAGCGGUCAAGAGCUGCCGCGUGCAGGCGAAACAGGGCAGCAGCAUCGCGGGUGGGCGGCCCCACCGGCGGCGGAGGCAAUGGCGCGCGGUUUUGAUGGAUGCCGCGCGGCGUGGCGCGGCGUACUGCCGGUGGCCGCGUGCUGGGGCAGUCGAAAGGCGGCGUGUCACACUUGGAGGCUGCAUACUGGCAGCUGCAGGCGGCAGGGCUUGGUGUGGCCUGCCCAAGCCUGGCCAGCACCUGCGGAGGGGAACCUCCCAACGCCAGUGUGCCGGAGGGCGGCGCGUGUGGUUCCAUGAUUAGAAAAGCGAGUUGGCUGGCUGUUUGGCGGGAGGCAUGACACUGCAGCGCACGAGCCUGGUGUGUUCCCAGGGUUAACUUGAGUGCAGGCCGCGUGCUUGUGGCAAGUUGAACUGUGCUUGUCCUGGCUUGCAGGCGCGUGUCUUCAUUCAGGUCUGGGUACUCUAUUGCUCUUGAUGGGAACGAUCGAGUAGCGUUUCCUUUUGUACGGAAACCUCUGGAUCACAUGCGAGGGUAGGCUGUGCGCUGUAUGACGGCAGGGGGGGAUGACGCACACGGGUAUGACGCCGGUCUGAAGAGGGGCAAAAACGUGUCCACACGUGUUUCUCCACGCUCGUCUCCAGGCUGUGCCGUUUGACCCCUCUCCCAGACCGGCGUCAUACCCGUGUGGGGAUGACGGCACUGGACCGCAUGUGAAUGUCAGGUGAUCACAUUGAUGGUGGCAAGGGUUUUUGUUAGAAUCAGGGAGGGGGCCAGGGUUCUUUCACAUGAAACGGUCAGGCGCACGGACAGUACGGCGUUGGAAGACCACAUCUCGCAUCAGCAGACAUGCGGGUCGGUGGGUUAGCGUGCCCCGGCCCCCGCAGGGGGCGCGGCGCACCUAUACGUUUCAGAAAGCGGCAGUUGGCAAAGAGUUGCACAACACGUGUUCCCCGCUCCCGCCGAGUGCAUACAAGCAAUAUUUAAGGCCUCCGUUACACGAAGCUGUUGCACAUCAGGAAGAAGAGGCCCCAGCGACGAAGUUCAGACCUGGCUCGAACCCGACCGUGAAAGUAACUGUGGUAAAACUGAUGCUGAAACAUGUAUUAUACGCCUAAACGCAUAGAAUGGUGUCCGAUGCCUCAAGAAAGACGACUCUUUCUUGAGGCGCUGGUCCAAGGUAACUAUCAGAUACGUAGAUCGCUUCAAUCUUAGCACUUAUGUACCUGUCAGGAGACCCGUAGGCGUGUAAGCUGCGAGCGCG